AUGUCGGACGAUGAGGCCAGCAACAAUGGAGAGACCGAGGAGGACGAGGCGAUGAAGAAGCUCUUGGCUGGCUUUGUCGAUGAAAUGGGAGGAGACGAUGAUGACGACGACGACGGACUCGAGCAGUCUUCUUCUAGCAGCGCCCCCGAACGACGAGAAAUCGAGUUGCCAGAUAACGUGUUGGAUCACAUUGUUCUCGCAGCGCCAGAACUGGAACCUGCCAUUAUCGAGUUUCAGGAAAAGACGGGAAUCGAGCCUCGAAUUUCUGGUUCGAUCAAGGGUCUCGGUAUCAAAACCGCCCGUGUGUCGUUUGAGGGUGAUUCCUUCUUGGAGAUUAUUGCACCCGAUCCGGAAAAGGGAGGCCCUAUCGGUGCUCUGUUGCGUGCUUCGGGGUUGACUGGUCUUCAGCCCUUUCACUGGGCCAUUCGAAACUCCAAAACGGGGGAUCUCACGGGCCCCUUCAAGAAGCUGGGGUAUACCCCGGAUUGUAUCUCCAUGUUUGGAGCACGUCAAGAUGGAACUCCCAGAAAGUGGGAACUCUUGUAUCUCUAUGGGCACAAGCUGAAGGGCAUGUGCCCCUUUUUCAUUAACUGGGAUAACUCGGAUCAUCCCUGUGAAUCCAUGCCCAUUGUCGGUGAUUUGGUACAUGUCAAGGUGACAGCUCCAGCUGAUGAUCUUAUCCAUACACUCAUCAAGGAGACUUGCUCAUCCGGCUUUCAGUUGGAAGAAGGAACUGCCAAGUUUGAGGUCAAGUUUGACAGUCCCGAAGGAGAAGUCGAGUUUACUGCGGAUAGUAUGAUUGGAUUUAGGUUCCCGGGAUUUGAAGAUGAGUGUGGUCCUAUUGAAGGUGAAGAAGGUGCUCCCGCGCCCGAAUUUGCCAUGCCAGAAAUGCCCGAGAUGUUGGAGGUCGGAGAUCCGGACGAUCUCCCUGAUGUGGCCGAUUUGCCGCCAGUGGAAGGAGGGGGCGAUGACGACGAAGGCGGUGACGGAGAAAAGAAAAAGAAGAAGAAAAAGGACGGAAAAGAAAAGAAGAAGAAAAAGGAUAAGGACGACAAGAAAGAGAAGAAAAAGAAAAAGGACAAAAAGAAGGAAGAUGGCGGAGACGAAGGUGGAGACGAGUAA